AUGAGGAAAAGGCUGAUCCAGGUUUCUGGUUUCCUGAUCUCAACGGUGGGAUGGCUUUUUGUACUUUGUACUAUGGCGAUGGAUUACUGGAGGAUCACCCAGAUAGGUGGCCAGGGAGGUUCAUUCAUUAUCAAGGUGGCCUGGUACUGGUCCAACCUGUGGCAGGACUGCUUCACAGACUCGACAGCAGUUACCAACUGCAGAGACUUCCCUGUGCUGUGGUCUGUCAAACCUAUCGUCCAGGGAGUGAGAGGCCUGCUGAUGUGUGGACUAACCCUUGGGUUUUUUGGUGCAAUAUUUUGCUUUGUUGGCAUGGAGUGCACAUAUAUUGGAGGAGGGGGAAAAAACAAGGAUAUGCUUUUGUUCGCCGGAUCCGUAUUUCACUUUGUCGGUGGUGUGUCAGACUUAGCUGCAUACUGCUUAUACAUCAACAAAGUCGCAAGGACAACUUUCACUCAAUCUUCGCCAGGAAUCCUGAAGUAUGACUUAGGACCUCCCAUUUUUAUUGGAUUGGUUGGGUCUUUUUGCAUCCUCUUAGGGGCCAUUCUCUAUGCUGUGACUGUGUACAAAGUCCUAUUCCCUAAAGCAAAAGUGGUGCUCGCCCAUGGGGGUCCUAGAACACGAACAUACAUGGCCUCUCGGGCCGGAGGCAGGACCCUCUACACUGGAUACUACAGACCACCCAGACAGUACAGAUCCUACGGCUCAGGGAUAUCCAGCAGCUCUAAACUCACUAGGAUCUCCCAGAUAACACCUGAGGAACUGUCAGACAGAGAUGCUUUUGUGUAG